AUGUCCGCACUGAUCGUCCGCGAUGUCAUGUCCGCUCCAAUCGAGACCAUCUCGAUGGACGAUACCGUGGACAAAAUCCAGAGGAUCUUCGAGAGCUCCCACUAUCACCACCUCAUCGUGCACGGCGAUCACAAGAAAGCCGUGGGAGUGAUCUCCGAUCGAGACCUGCUCAAGAAUGUCUCGCCGUUCAUCGGGAAAAUGGGUGAGCGCAACGCGGAUCGAUCCCUGCUCAAUCGCAGAGCACACCAGAUCAUGACGCGUCAGCUCAUCGCUGUUCGCGAGAACACCGCUCUGAGAUCCGCGGCGAGGGUAAUGCUCGACCAUCGCAUCUCAUGUCUCCCAGUCGUUGAUCUGGAGGGACAUUGCAUCGGAAUCGUCACUCUCCGCGACAUCGUCCGCUGGGCCGUGGACGAACUGGAAAUCCCGCAUUCGGGUCCAGGCGCACAGGCCGCGUGA